CUUGGUGGGACCAAGCCCAUAUGAACAGAAUACCAAAUUUAACCUUGGCAGGAUCAAAGGGCAAGGGGACAAAUUGGUCAUGCUAAGGGACUUCAAAUUACAGUUGGAGAAAAGAAGAAGAAGGGAGUUGGAAUUGCAGAAGCGCCCAGCCGAUAAUUUAGAUAGGAAGAUCUGCCAACUUUAUUAUCGGAUUCCUCGGACUAAUAUAUUGGUCUCAUGCUUUGAAGCCAUUUACAUGGGACCUAUGCCCAUUCCUGUUGUCAACCAAGUGGCUGCUUUUGAAGUUACGCUAAUUCUCUUUUUCCUCAAGUUGGGUUUUUUUCCUCUCAACUAUGAGCCGUUACUGUUGAAGCGCAACAGGAGGUACUAUUUUGGAAUGAAGAUGGAUCCAAUACCAGUGAGUGAGUCAGAAAUGAUGCACUACUUGCAAGAACAGUAUGAUCACAGUUGUCAUCAUCAUCGUUAUCAUGGUUUGCACCUUAUAAGUAAUGGGAAUGUGAUGGAUCAUGAUGAGCAUGAUGAUAAUGGUGUGGCUGCUGCUGGGGUUGGAAGUGGUGGUAGUGAGUGCAUAGAGGGUGACAUUUCUGCCGAUCCUGGAAAUCUGUCUGAUAAUCACAAUGGCAUGGCAGUUCCUGGCGCUACUGUAAAUAGUAAUCAGCUCACGCUCUCUUUCCAGGGACGGGUCUAUGUAUUUGAGUCUGUAUCUCCUGAAAAGGUGCAAGCUGUACUUCUUUUGUUAGAUGCCCGUGAAGUGCCGCCGAGCAAUCCAAUGGAUAUAACAACUCAAAAUAAUAGAGGACUAUCUAAUACUCCGCAGAGGUUUAAUGUGCCUCAAAGGUUGGCAUCAUUGAUGAGAUUCCGUGAAAAGCGGAAGGAGAGAAAUUUUGAGAAGAAAAUUCGUUAUACUGUUCGGAAGGAGGUCGCUCUUAGAAUGCAACGAAACAAAGGUCAAUUCACUUCUUCAAAACCCAAUGGUGAUGACUCUUCAGCAACAGCCUCAAAUUGGGAAGAGAAUCAGGGCUGGGGUUUGGAUGGUAGUGGCACUCAAAGUCACGAGACUUCCAGCUGUCGGCAUUGUGGCAUCAGCGAGAAAUCUACUCCAAUGAUGCGCAGGGGACCUGAAGGACCUAGGACACUUUGUAAUGCAUGCGGACUUAUGUGGGCGAAUAGGGGAACUUUAAGGGACCUUUCAAAGGCAGCACCGCCGUUGGUCCAGAAUCAAUCAGUUGAUUGAGGCGAAGAGAAUGAAAAUCUUGAGGCUCACAGAUGGUUCCUGGAGGCAUAGGGAAUGGUGAUGAUACGUCAUGAUCAAUUUGUGCUACUCCAAGGAGAAUAUUUUGUAUAGUAGUUUGAUUUAGACCAGUAGAUGAUCAUUUCGUCAUAGAGGGUCUCCUUCAUAACUUCACUUAACGUGCCCUGGAGUUCUUACCCUUGGCAUCAACUAAGAGCCGGAUUUGUGGACUGACUAUAUAACUGUAUCCCCAUUUAGUUUUGAUAUAUGACGCAUUGUUUACACAAAACACAUAUCUCAGUGUCAACCACCAGACUAUUAAUAGAAGUUCAAUCAAUAUUAGUAUGAGGAUUAAAUAAUACACAGUCGAUGGUGAUUGGUUCAAUGAGUAUCUUUAACUUACCUGGACCUGGAGCAGGUGUUUUUACACCAAAUUGAUGAAUACAAGACAUUUGUUUUUAUACAUAUUUAUCAUUUAACCAUGAUUAUGUUAUAUCUAUUUUCACUUUAAUUUUUGUUCAUUACGGUUAAAUUGUUUCAAUUGGUGUAAUUGUUAUGGUUAAAUUGUAUCAGUUGAUGUAAAUGUCGGUGCGAAUAAAAUUUUACUCUUUGUGCAUGGCGUACAUUGCUGAUACAAACACAUAUUAUGAGUA